AUGGCGUCGACAAAGAAAUCAGUGUUCGAGAAGCAGAAAGAGGAAGCGGAGGCAAAGAAAGCGAGGGACAAGGCUGAGACCGAUGCUGUAUACCAAGACUUCGUGAAGUCGUUCGAGCAAGACGCUACCUACGCCGCAGCGACUCCUCAAAGCCGGCCGCAGAAUGCAGGUUUCGGAUCAGGACCCGGGUUCGGAAAGCGACAUUUCACAGGUAGUGGACUCAAGAGCGGUCCUGGCAGCCUUGGCCCGGCGCCCGUCAUCCCGAAGAGCGGUCCAGGCAGCCUAGGACCGUCCUUCGCAGGCAAACGUUAUUUCGAAGAUCGUCAGUACCAGCAAGCUCGUGACCGCACAGACCCGUUCCGCUCAGAUCGAAGGUAUCAGGAAUCUUCCGCCCAAGAGCCGGGUGGAGGCAUUCGCGACGAUGCAGAAGAGAAGACGGCGAGGCCGACCCUGCACUUGUCCUCCCUUCCACCUGGAACAUCACCCACAGUCAUCAAGGCCUUGUUCACAUCAUCUCCGCUGUUAGUUGAGGAUGUCCGCCUCCUGCCCACACCUGGUGCCGAGCGAAGGAGCAGCUCCGCUAUAGUGACGCUGGCUGCAGAGACCUCCGCCAGCGAUAUCGAUACUGUCGUUUCGUCGUUGCAGAACAGGUACAUGGGCUUCGGUUUCAACCUGUCUUUGUCACGACAUUUGUCCUCAGCAGCACUGGCUGGCGCUGGUGGCUUUGCUGACAUCCUUGCUAGGGCCCCGCCGCCUGGGCAAGGAAGAGGAUUCGCUCCACCAUCUUCAUACACUUCAUCAACACCGUAUAAGCGCAGAGAGCAAUCACAGAUCUUGGUGCAGCCUCCGAGCGACCUGAAACAGCUUAGACUGAUACACAAGACAAUCGAGAACCUGCUGACACAUGGUCCGGAGUUUGAGGCCCUACUUAUGUCCAGACCACAAGUUCAGCGUGACCAACAGUGGGAAUGGCUCUGGAACCCUAGAUCUCAAGGCGGGGUGUAUUACAGAUGGCGCCUGUGGCGCAUCCUCAAUGGGUCCGCCAAGCGCAAGGAACGUCAAUCAUACGCGACCAAGCCCGAAGGCGAGUAUCUAUUCGAAGGGCAAAGCGUAUGGGUUCCCGCGGCAGAACAGCCCAAAUUCGAGUAUAUCACCACGAUAGAGGAGUUCAUCAGCGACGAUGACUACGACUCAUCAGAUGAGGAAGCCGAGUUCGAAGAAGGCGAGCUCUCAAAACGACACAAUGAUCACAACGCCACUGGCUUGCACCAAGCCCUGACCGACACAGGCGACGGACACGGCUACCUCAACCCUCUAGCCAAAGCCAAACUAAUCCACCUCCUCACCCGCCUCCCUGAAGUCAACACCAAACUCCGCCGCGGCGACGUCGUGCGCGUGACCGCCUUCGCCAUCGAACACGCCGGUGCAGGCGCCAACGAAGUCGCCGAUCUCAUUACCCGAAACGUCCUCCAGCCCCUCAGCCUCCGCGAUACAUCCGACCCGCUCACCAACGACGAGCCCCCAACGGACAAGAAAGACACAUCCACCGCUGCCCUCGUAACCCUCUACACCAUCUCCGACAUCCUCUCCGCCUCCGCGAGCGCCGGUGUCCGGCACGCCUGGCGCUACCGCCAACUCUUCGAGACCUCUCUCCGAAAACAGAAAGUCUUCGAGAAGCUCGGCCGCCUGGACCGCGACCUAUCAUGGGGCAAGAUGAAGGCGGAGAAGUGGAAGCGCAGCGUGCAGAAUAUCCUCCAGCUGUGGGAGGGCUGGUGUGUGUUCCCGCAGAGCAGUCACGAGGCGAUGGUGGAGGUGUUUUUGAAUCCGCCGCUGAGUAAAGAAGAGCAAAGGAGGUUCGAAGAGGAUGAGAAGCGUAAGGCAGAUGAGGAAGCGGAGAGAAGGAAAGCAGGGAAUAAGUGGAGGAGCGUGGAUGCUGAGCAGCAGCAGGCGGGAGAAGAAGAUGCGAAGAUGGGUGGUAUGCAUGUCGACGGACGGGAGAUGUCUAGUGAGGACGAAGACGACCCCACAGCCAUGGACGUCGACGAGACAACACUGCUGGACCCCGCCGUGGAUGGCACAUCCCUCGUGGACAGCAGCGACGAGGAGCAGAUGGACGCUGACGACAAUGCACCCCCUCCUCCACCACCUCCUGAACCGGAAGAAGCUCCGCGUGCACCACCAGCGCAACCAGCCGCCGAGGCUCAGUCCUCCAGCGCGUCAUCGCCACUGAAGGCCACAAUACCGAAAACAACGCUGAUAUCGAAAGGCAGGCAGCGACCCAGAGCAACAGACAUGUUCGCAGACGAGGAAGAUGAGUCGGACGGCCAAUAA